AUGAACCGGUCUGCAGCAGGACGUCACAACAGUGAAGGGGAACAACGGUUACUAUAUCAACGUGAAGUCCCAAUUGAGCAAUUGAUACCGGGUUCGUCUCUAAUUUAUCCACAAUGUAUUAAGCAUUCAUUAAAAUAUUGUGAGCUUCAUUGUGAACAGUGUGAUACUCAAAUAUGCUCGGAAUGCUGUACUUCUGCAGAACAUGAUACCCAUAAACGAGUCAAUAUUUUGGAUUGGCUUCAAAACAAAAAAGAAAUUAUAAAAAAUGACAUGCAAGAACUAGAAGAUUCUAUUAUACUUAAACACCAAACGAUCAUAGCUAAAAUCCCAUAUCAAAGAGAUGUCAUAAGUCAAAACGCUGUACAAAUUGCCACAGCUCUCCAUACACAGGAGGAACACUUACACAGAGAAAUAGUCAAUGUGAGUUUGCACCUUAAAGCUGUUCUUUAUGAGAUGGACUCCAAACACCUGGCAUUUCUUCAAAAUCAGGAAGAAAAACAUAGGCAAUGUAUUUCGGAAAUCCAACAACUCAUUUCUGAUUUAAAUGACUUGCUUCUUUCAGAUGAUAUUUGUCGUUUUACUAAAUACAAAUCCAAGAAUGCCAAUUUCCGAAACCCCAUUCAACCAACAGUGUCUUUUCCAAACUUUCUGCCUACAAAGUUUAAACGAAAGCAUAUUUAUCAGCAAUUGGGUUGUCUGUCAAAGUUAUCAAUCAAAAAAGAAGAAGAGUACGUUUUAAAUUUCCCAGAUGCUGAGUCCUCUCUUGAUGGCAUAUCUGUUUCCGAGGAGCCAAAGGUUGUAACAUAUAUUCAUACUAAUUAUGGAGACGCUAAUAAAUUACGAAGCGUUACGGCUCUAACAGACACCGAAAUAUGGACCUGUGGGGAAGACAAAACGAUGAAACUCUACAAUCUACAAGGAGAGCUGAUAAAAUCUAUCCAAACGAAGUCAAAGAAAACGCCAUCAGAUAUUGAGGUUACCAGAAGUGGCGAUAUUGUAUAUGCUGAUUACAAUGACCUUUCUAUCAACAUAGUUAGAAAUUCUCAGAUAAGUGAAGUUAUCAAAUUAGAGGGAUGGCGACCUCGUAAUGUCUGUAGUGCUCUUUACGAUGAUUUUUUGGUAUUUAUGGACAGUGACACCGACAGGCAAUCAAAAAUUGUGCGUUAUUGUGGCAACAUCCCAAAACAAAGCAUCAGCUUAAAUGACGAAGGACAGCCUCUCUAUUCAUAUGGCCCCUCUUUCAAAUACAUGAGCGAGAACAGAAACUUGGACAUAUGUGUGGCAGACUGGGGAGCCAGUGCAGUAGUAGUAGUCAAUCACGCUGGAAAACACCGAUUUACUUACAUGGGUCCUCCUUCUUCUUCCUCUUCUACAAAGGCUUUUGAUCCGUACGGCAUCACCACAGAUAGUCAAAGUCGAAUCCUUAUAGCAGAUUGUUUUAACCACCGUAUUCAUAUCUUACACCAGGAUGGACAGUUUCUUUGCUUCAUUUGUAGCUGUGGUCUAGAACGACCAGUUGAUUUAUGCGUUGACUCUAAGGACAACCUUUUUGUUGCCGAGAGGUUCACUGGUAAUGUGAAGAAAAUCCGAUAUAAGAGAUAAAUGUUCACCAAGCACAUAAUGUAUUUGAAUGACAAUUUUCUAAGGAGGAGCUUUGUUGAUCCGGGAAUCUUUAGGAUAAUUUUAAGACUAAAAUGUUACAUGGUAGCCAGACAUAGCCAGAUGUUGAUAUAAAAACUGUUUGAAUCGCGAAUUCCUAUUCAUAUUUCAUAAUAGUUUGGUUUCUUUUGUUGCCGAGUUGUUCAAUCGUAUUGUGAAGAAACGUAAACGUCACGUUUUAACCGGGUUUUCCAACGAAACAAUCUGGUUAUUGAAAUGGUGACAAUG